GCUCAGUGUGUUUACCGGGUCACGUGGUGCGGGUGUGCACGUGUAAUUGACACAAGGGCUCAUGGAGAAAAGGUGGCGGGUGCCCGGGCUCCUCCUGCGGGGAAUGCAACUCGGAAUCCAUGCAAUAAACUAAAUGCAACACCCGGGACGCCGCCGCCGUUUGCAAUUUGCAAAGAAGACUUCUUUUUUUUGUUUUGUUUGAGUGUGUUUGUUGUAGGAAGGAAAUGGUACUGUGCAACGGGCCAAGUUUUGGGGAAUGAGAUGCACAUUAUCCGCAGUCUCAGGGCGAUCUGGAUUUUGGAAAGUCAUGGCCCAGGGACGUGAGCCGAGAUGGCAGAUCCGCAGUCGGAGUGUUUGAGAGCAUUGCAUGGUUGCGGGAGGAUUGCGGGUCUGCACGCUGCCAGCGCCGGCGCCUCUCGCCCUGCUCGCCGCCCACCGGAGCAGCGUGCCGGGCUCUGGGGGUCACCGGCCUUGCAAGGUGUCCGCAUGGGGCUGGAGGGCUUGGGCAGCGAGCCAGUGGCAGGUUGCAGUCCGCCGUGCCAGCUCCUGUGCCCGGCGGAUGAUGGCAGGAGGAGCGAAGCGGGCAGAAACAUUGUAUCCACCCAGUUGGCUACAGUGUCCCCUGGCUCCCAGUUGGCUACAGUGUCCCCUGGCUCCCAGUUGGCUACAGUGUCCCCUGGCUCCCAGUUGGCUACAAUGUCCCCUGGCUCCCAGUUGGCUACAGUGUCCCCUGGCUCCCAGUUGGCUACAGUAUCCCCUGGCUCCCAGUUGGCUACAAUGUCCCCUGGCUCCCAGGUAGUUACAGCGUCCCCUGGCACCCCGAUGGUUACAGCGGCCACUGCGCCCGGCGGAGGCAGAGGGGAUCCGAGGAGGCGCCACCCCGACCGCUGCCCGCCCGGCCAUCACCUCCUCACCCUCGACCCCCUCCUCAGCGCCCUGUCCGCCGUCCCAGGCAAGAGGAAGGGUUCGGAAAACGGCGAGAGCCCCCGCGGGGCGCCCAGCCCGCGGCCGGGAGAGGCGGGCGCCAAGAGGAAGAGGCUGGAGAACGGGGACGGCGAGGGGAGCGCCCGGCUGCUGAAUGGGAGCGGGGACGGGAACGGCGCGCCCGGCUGCCUGAGGAGGAAGGCGGAGGAGGAAGGUGGCAGGGAGACGGCGCCGGGGCCACAGCUGAGGUGGCAGACCCGGGAGCUGGUCAACAAGUACAUCGUGCCCUGCAUGAACUGCUACGGCAUCUGCGUCAAGGACAACUUCCUCGGGGAGGUGCUGGGCCACAAGAUUCUCCUGGAGGUGCUGACCCUGCACCGCAACGGGACCCUGAUGGACGGCCGGGUGGUCAGCCCCCUCAGCGUCCCCACCCGCAGCAUCCGGGGGGAUAAGAUCGCCUGGGUGGAGGGGACGGAGCCCGACUGCUCCGGCAUCGGGGAGCUGAUGGCCAGGAUCGACGAGCUGAUCAUCUACAGCGCCGGCCGGCUGGGCAACUACGCGAUCAACGGGCGGACGAAGGCCAUGGUAGCUUGUUACCCUGGACACGGAACAGGUUACGUUCGUCAUAUCGACAAUCCCAAUGGAGACGGGCGCUGUGUCACCUGCAUUUAUUACCUGAACCGGGAUUGGGAUGUCAAUGUCCAUGGCGGCUUGCUGCAAAUAUUCCCGGAAAAUCGAUCGGAAGUUGCCAACAUUGAGCCUUUAUUCGACAGAUUAUUAAUCUUUUGGUCUGACCGUAGAAAUCCUCAUGAAGUGAAGCCUGCAUUUGCCACCAGGUACGCCAUUACCGUCUGGUAUUUUGAUGGCAAGGAGAGGAUUGAAGCCAAAGAGCGAUUCAAGAGAGCCUCCGCCCAGAAAGCCUUGAAGUUCGACUAGACCAGGGCGACGUGAAGCUGCGUCGGAUGGGCCAGCCACCUUGACGCGCGGGCGGUCUGCGGGUAUGGCGCUGCCGUGUCAGUCGAUCGGCCUCUCCGUGGACUUCCUGUGGCCUCCCGAGAGGAUCUGAACCUUCUCAAACAAAUCGGCCCGGGGUCAGGUCAAGUCUGACCCCUUUGCUCGUGCAUUGUGGGAGUUGGCUGGUUGGCAUUGGGGCUUUUAAUUAUUCUUGCACCCCUCCGUCCCAGCGAGGACCCCUUCUCCCCCCACCACCUCUCUACUUCCCCUCACGUACAUGUUGUAUUGGGCACAUGUUCAGUUCCUGCAUCCCAACCCAACAACGUUGGGACCCGGCCCAUCUCCAGUUCAUUUUAGAGUUUCUACUCUUUUUCCCAAAGGGAAGGGUGGGUCAGGAUCCAUCCAAAAGUUCUCUCGCAAUCAAACAGGCUCCAACUCCCCCACCCUCGGGAGGGUAACUAUCAGUCUCCAGAAUCCAAGCAGCGACCAACAUGUCCCUGAAGCUUUGUGGCAAUGUUAUCAAACCAACAUUGAUGUCCUAAGCCCCUGGCUGGACAUGAGACCAAGUGACUCGAAGCCCCUGCUCCCUCUGGACGCUGCAACCCCCACUGCCCAGGAGUGGCCUGGAACAUCCAGGAAUUGAAGACAAGUUUGCCGAAGACGUCCGUGAGUGCCCAGACUGCGGAAGGCAUCCGAAGAACGUUACGUUAUUUUUUAAGAAAUGAAAGCUCCCUUCAAUAUUUUUUUGGGAUUGGGGAGAGGAAAGGAUGUUUGUUAUUUGGGGAGCUGGUGGCUGGGUGCAGGAGAGCCAGUUGAUGUACACAGCAAGAUCCCGCAAACAGCAAAGUGGUGGUGACCCAAUAAUUUGAUUGGUUGAAUUGGUCAGGGCACCAGGAAACCCCCUUAUUCUUCAAUACUGCGCCAUGGGAUCUUUCUGCCUGUUUGAGAGGGUAGUCAGGGGUCUCAAGUUUAGCAUCUCUUUAGGGGGAUUGGAUUUUUGUGAUCAAGUUUCCGGAGCUGGACUCGAACUCGCAGAUCGGAGGCGGAGGUAGGACCCGCCUGAGCCACCAGCUGACAUCUCCUCCCGCGGACUUCCUACACCCUGUCCCAUCAGGGGCUUCGGAUCCAGCUGGUUCCAAGAGCACGCUCGAUCCCGGCAUCUCGGAACGAUUUGCAUUCCCCCGGGGACGCAUGUGAGCUCCCACCCCUGGGGAAUGGUGACCCGUCACAUUCUCCUGGUACAAACUGGCACUUGUUCUUCAACCUCUGGACUUUGCCCCUUGUAUUUAAAGAUCGUCUUUUAUAAAAGACCACUGACAAAGAUUAGCCCCCUAACACUGCCAACCACACUGGUAUGCACAGAGUAAAGCAUUAAUACUUGUAUGAUUCGAUCUGUGGCCUUAGGUGGAUCUAUAUUUUGAGGAUAAUUCUUUGCAGAACUUUUGUUCAGUUUUUCUCCCCCAGUCGCAUUUGGAAAGGCAGAGAAUUUAUUGCAUGUUUCUCCUUUUCUAUGGAGGUUGGGGCCUUGAUACCCAAAUCAUCUUAAUCGUUAAACGUUUUCUCAUUUUCUGCUAUAAAGUGUCUUGGAUUCAGCACAGCACUUUGAGAUCUUAAUGUAUCGGUAAAGGGACCGUGAAUUCGGAUUAAAACUGAAAUGUUUAUCCUUGA